AGUACUAAUAACACGAUACGCGCCCUUGUAUUAAUUUGCAGAAGGUCCACCUUCAGUCUUCGGCAGAGCUCACUCUCUUUUUCUCUCUCUUCUUCUUCUUCUCUCAAUCCAAAUUUUUGUUCCACAGAAUAUUGAUUGGACUCGAAUUAACAGUAUAUAGAAUGAGGGGAAGAAGUUACAGUCCAUCACCACCUAGAGGUGGCUACAGCAGAAAAGGACGCAGCCGGAGCCCAAGGGGACGCUAUUCUGGUCGCGGAAGAGAUCCUUCUACUAGUUUACUAGUUCGAAAUCUCCGCCAUGAUUGCAGACCAGAAGAUCUCCGCAGGCCAUUUGGUCAGUUUGGUCCUCUCAAGGACAUUUACUUGCCUAGGGACUAUUACACCGGAGCGCCUCGUGGAUUUGGCUUCGUGCAAUAUGUGGACCCAGCUGAUGCUGCUGAUGCUAAAUAUCGUAUGGAUGGCCAGAUAUUUCAAGGACGUGAAUUGACAGUUGUGUUUGCGGAAGAGAACAGGAAGAAGCCAACUGAGAUGAGGACAAGGGAACGGUCAGGGGGUCGUAAUGACAGAAGACGUUCACCUGCACGUUAUUCCCGUUCUCCACGAAUUUCACGCUCUCCGCCUCCACGUCAUGCAAGGUCUAGGUCCCGCAGCCGUGAUGACUACUCACCUUCUCCCAAACGAAGACAACACUCCAGGUCAGUUUCACCCAGAGACAAAAAGGUGAGUCGGGAAAGAUCUUAUUCUCGAGAAAGUCGAGGAAGGUCAUAUUCACGAUCGCCACAAUUACCCAACAACUCUAGAAGUCGCAGCAGGAGCCAGAGUCCUGGGAAAAGUCCAAGCCGAAACAAAAGCAAGAGUCCAUAUCCUGAAGAUCAGCCAAAGGAGCAGAACAGAGACCGAUCUCCUAGUCAAUAGGGUUUAUUGAAUGGUACUUUUCCGUGUUGCCAGUUCUAUAUAAACUUCUGUUUCCGAGAAACAAUCUGAACUUAGAAAUGAUGCUGUAGCUCAGUAGUAGUAAACAAAUCCUGAAUUUAAAUUUUAUUACGUUCGUCCCUUAGAUUACGAAUUGCAGGUUGCUUAUGCUCUAUUUAUGGGGCUAAACAUAUAUGAUGCUAUCUGGCCUGCCUUUGCUAAAUUUGCUUUUAUGGUGCUGUAAUGUAAUGUAUGAGGUUUGAAACCUGAGAUUUGAAUUUUGAAGUUGGAUUCAGGAAAUCUAAGAAGUUUUCCAAUGUGGUUCAAAAUGAA